ACCGCCCCCGCCCUAAGGCCCGGAUCGGCCAGGAGUCCGCGGUUAACUCACUUGGCUGCGCGCCGGCAGUGCCUUUGAAAGGCGGCGGGAGGCGGCGAGCGCGAUGGCGAGCUUGGGUCUUCUGCUGAGCGUGCUGGGCCUGGUCCUGUGCGGGACGGCGAGCCUUGGGCUGUCCGCUCCUCCCGCCCCCACCUCCAAGAAGCCCAUCAUCGGAAUAUUAAUGCAAAAGUGCCAUAGUGAGAACAUGAAAAUCCUGGGAAAAUACUAUAUUGCUGCAUCCUAUGUAAAGUAUCUGGAGUCCGCAGGUGCGAGAGUUGUACCCAUAAGGCUUGAUCUUAAAGAUGAAGAGUAUGAAAAGCUUUUCAAAUCUAUUAAUGGAAUCCUUUUCCCUGGAGGAGGUGUUAACCUCAUGAAGUCAGGUUACGCCCACGUGGCCAAAAUAUUUUACAAGUUGGCCAUACAGGGUUUUGGUAAUGGAGACUAUUUUCCCACGUGGGGGACCUGCCUUGGAUUUGAAGAGCUUACGUAUCUGGUCAGUGGGGAGAGCUUAUUAACCCUCACAGAUACUGUUGGAAUUAAGAUGCCACUGAACUUCACUAGAGGUCCGUUGCAGAGCAGAAUGUUCCAGAAUUUUCCUGCUGACUUGUUGCUGUCAUUAGCAGUAGAACCUCUGACUGCAAAUUUCCACAAGUGGAGCCUCUCUGUGAAGAAUUUUACAAUGAAUGAAAAGUUAAAGGCGUUUUUCAAUAUAUUAACUACAAAUACAGAUGGCUAUACUGAGUUUAUUUCAACAAUGGAAGGAUACCAGUAUCCAGUAUAUGGUGUCCAGUGGCAUCCAGAGAAAGCUCCUUAUGAGUGGGGAAAAUUAAAAGGCAUUUCCCAUGCGCCUAAUGCUGUGAGGGCUGCAUUUUAUUUAGCAGAGUUCUUUGUGGCUGAAGCUAGGAAAAACAAUCACCAUUUUGAAUCCGAUGUUGAAGAGGGCAAAGCACUAAUUUAUCAGUACCGUCCAGUUUAUACUGGGAACAUUUCUUCGUUUCAGCAAAGUUAUAUAUUUGAUUGAAAGCCUUCAAUGUGUUAACAGAGAAAUUUUGAUUAACUCCAUGAUUAAACUGUUGUAAUAACUUGCUACUCAUGACGAUAAUAGAAGGCCACAGAGAUUCCUUUUCUAUGAUGUUACUGGCUCUGAUUCUUCAUUCAGUAUAUUUGACUAUUUAUAUCACAUUUGAUAAUCAGUCAGUGAGACAGAUACAUAAUCUGAGUGUUUUUCAUGGAAAAGCUUUCUUUUAUCUGAAGAUUAGAAAAAAAUAAAUUUAUUGAAAAUACA